GAUGUUUAUUCGCUACGCAGGAUUCCGCCAUUCGACCGUGGACAGUGACGUCACGAACGGGUUACUUCGCCAGAAAGUCAUACCUUCGUGUGUAAUUUUGUGGUUUUGUCUGCCAAAUUUUCGCUGAUUUCUGACAUAUUUAGCAACAAUGAGCUGAUGCUGUGAAUCGCUGCGUUUAAAACGCUCAUAACCGAAAGGAUUUGUUCGAAGUCUGAUCAGAUUUAGCCCAUCACUGGCGUAAAUUUAUCGGUGUUUACAACAACGUGAUUACUACCUCUUUCAGCGAGGUUUUGACCUCAAAAUUGUGGUUUAGACUCAAGUCUCUUACUUUGGAUUGGACAUUUUUGAGGUUUGAUUUUGUAAUCUUUUAAAAUGAGCGAUGCACAAGCUUCUCUAAAUCCCGAGGAGGAAAAUCCAAACGUUUCUGUUUUGGAGGAGGAAGGUUCAAGCGAGCGUGUUGAGAGGAAAUCAAAGGGCAAAAAGAAAACUAAGGGGUUUGCUAAGACGAGGAAAGGUAAAGGUCUCGAGGAAGAGGCUGAUGAAGAUGAAGUUCCCUCUCGUCCAGGAAAGAAAAAGAAAGGAAAGAAGAAAGCUGCUCGGAAAGUGAGUGAUACGUCGGAAACCGGAGAGAAUUCGAUCUUAGAUGACACGCCGAAAGAAACGGUGAUCGAAAUUAAGGACGAGAAAGAAGGAGACGCCGAACUACAGGAGAUAGUAGUAAAGAAGGAGGAGGCUCAAGUCGAAGGCGAUAAUGUAGUUGAAGAAGCAGCCGUGCCUGUCGAGGGCAGCGAAGAAGAGAAAAAGGAUAACAAGAAAGAUGGCGAGGGAGAAGAGCCUAAAGAAACUGUCCCUGACAGCGAGAGACCUGGCGUUCGCAGAAGGGCAACUUUGUCUGAUUUAAAAAGUGAGAGUGUUGAUAAAGGAGAUGAAGAGCAAGCUGCCGACGCAACAGCUGGUUCUGAGGUGAAUAUUUCUCAAUUAUAUAACACCCUUUGAAGUGCUUUGCUUAUUAAGAUUAUGAAAUGGAACAAUUCCCAAUGCCCUCCCUCCUCAUCUCAGAAUCUACAAUAUUAUUGUUGCCCCUGUUAGGCCUUGUCCUAAGUUGUAUGUCAAAGGUUCGACUGCAGAUGGCUGAGUUGUCAACUUGCAGACAAGGGUUCAGGGGAUGAUAUACCUGCCAACUCUCACGCCUGCGGGUUGUAAACUUCGAUCUCACGCCUGCUCACGCCUGCGCGCCAAUUUCUCACGCCUGAUUGAAAAAUGUGAGUUGUUACCAUCCUGCUUGACACAAUUUCCAAAAAUACGUUAACUCAGACCCAUGUAAGGAACGAAAACCAUGUGUAAAAUGAAUAAAUGGCAAUACCUUCCUCGCGAUCUCUGAUUUUUGAAGUGAAAAGCACUGGGAGCGAGCUCGCCUUUGGCAGACUUCGGCAGACUUCGGACGUCUUCGGAAGACUUCGGACUUCUUCGGGAAUCUUCGAAAAUGAUCGUGAAGUCUUCAAAAAUCCCAGCACUCUCAGGAUAAAAAUCUCACGCUUAUAUCUCAGAAAAAGUUGGCAGGUAUAGGAAGAUUGGGUUAGGGUUCAUUAGCAGUCCCAGGAAUGGCAAUGAGUCUUGUGAGGGCCUGUUCACAAGGAUGGAGGGUAACCCUGGUGCUUGGGUUACCCUAACAAGAGGGUUACCCUAGCACUCGCUAGGUUAACGUCAAUCACUCUUCGUAUUUUAUGCAGUGUGUUUACAAGGCAGGUAGGGUUACCCUGGUGCAAGGAUAACCCUAGCACUCAAGAAGGGUUACCCUAGCAAGAGGGUUACCCUACCUCCCUCGUAAACGCUCUUCAACGGAUCACUUGCCUACCUGGGACAACUUUGCUUUGUCAUGUGUGACCAGUUAUCUUGAAAAUGUUAACAGAAUUAUCCAAGUUUUCGAGUUAAAUUUUAAACAUGUGAACAAUGUUAGGUAUUUUUGUUCCGUUUUUUGUGAAUUUAACGUGUUUUUCAUGGAGAUCUUCCAGUUUUCAUUCAUGUCUUGAAUUUUAUGAAGAAUGUCUAUGUAUAGUCUUAUGUGGUCACGCAUGAUGAAACAUGUCUGUCAGGUUUGUAAUAUUGUCCUAUCCCCAGCUGUUUAAAAGCUGGGUGCUAUCCACCGGAUAAAUCACUAUCCAGUGGAUAGUAUUAGGGAAACCAAUUGCGCUAUCCGCCUUUUGAUCAACUGGGACCUUGGUAACCCUACGUAAUAAAUUUUGCUUGUAAACCAUCUGGAGUUAUCUUUAACCUACUUACUAGGGUAACCCUAGCACCAGGGUUUCCCUCCCUCCUUGUAAACAGGUCCUAAGGUGGCUCUAACUUUUAAUUCUGUUGAACUUUCACAAUGUCCUUUUGUUUUUUAGCAUUUUACAAAAUGAAAUUUGGGAAUUUUAGGGAAUUUUGACUUAGACAAUUUCUGGGAGUGACAGGGUAAGCUAACGGACCUUGUGUCACACCUGCAAAUUACACUUUCCGACUGUUGACUGUAGGGGCUGUUAACAUGGAGGGAGGAAGACCCUAGCACCUGGAAGAUCCCUCAAGGUGGAUCAUCCCAACCAAAUAUGAUUUUCUGUAUUGAGUUUACAUGCAAAGGGUUGUACUUGUCCCUAGCGCUAGGAUCUUCCUAGGUGGCAGGGAAAAUGAUCCUAGUGCAAAGAAGAUCCUAGCACUGGUACCAUGCAAACUGCUUUUGCUAGGGUGAUCCCAUUACUAGGAACAAACUAGACGAAAAUGGCAGCAUGUCCUUCAGUGGGUGAUCUUGGCAAUAAAGGCCAGCUAUUUUGUUGGGCGUUACAGAAAAUCUUACAGUAUAAGUUUUUAAGAGCUGUCAGCUGCUGCUGCUGAAACAUAGUUUUGAUCUCUAAUUAAGAGAGCAGAAAAACCUAAAUUACAUGUUUGUUGAUAUUGCCACCCACAAUCUUUAAUUUCUUCUCUUAUUGGUAAUCAAGAUAUUGUUUAGGCAUUUGUAUCACCAUUUAGUAGUAUUUCAAACUGAACAUUAGUUCUGGCAUAAUUAUGUUGAUACUCUCAUGUAAUUCCCUUGGAAACCAUACCCUUUCUCGUACCAUAAUGGGAAAAAUCUAUGCCCCCUUUAAUACCGACCAAAACAAGCCCAAAAAUGCUAUCCUUUAAGAUAGCACAUGCCUAUAGAGCUUAUAUACAGUCUUCGUCAUUGUUUCAGGAGCUUGAUUCUGUCAAGGAAGAAGUGAGUAUAGAAAUAAAGAAAGAAGCUGAAACAGCUGAAGAUGAAAAAGAUACAGAUACAAAAGAAACUGCAAGCAAAGCGGGUAUUGAUGAAACAAGCACGGAACAAAAAGAGGAGGAUGCUACAACUGAAGCAGGAAAACCAGCUGAAAGAACAGAGGCUGGUCAAGAUGAGAAACCUGAAGCUGUUGCUAUAGCAAUGGACGAGACUGUUGUGCCUGUUGAGGAGGAGGUCAAAACUGAGGCUGCCGAGGGAGGGGAGAGUGUGGUAAAAACUGGGAGUACUGAGGGAGGAGAAGACGAGAAUGUUGAACAUGUUGUUGUGCCUGUUGAGGAGGAAGUCAAAAGUGAGGCUGCCGAGGGAGGAGAGGGUGUGGUAAAAACUGGGAGUACUGAGGGAGGAGAGGGUGAGCCAAGUCAAGAAGAUGCUGUACCAGUCACGAUGGAAACUACAGUUACAAAUGAAAAUGAGACGGGAGAAGAUCACUCAAAGUAUGAUGAGCUUGAUGAUGAACUUCCUUGGGCAAUGUACCGUUCAUUGGACACGCCUCCACAAAGGCCACCUGUGGAAGAAGAUGAUGACUGGCCAGCAUCUGAUGAUGAUGGAGAUUAUGGUAAUAAUGUUACUGUUAUACAUUUACUUUGAUAUUGUUAAACUUACAUUUAAAGCGGCCAUGUCACGCUACUUGCUAUCUUUUUAAAAAGCCAAAACUUGUCCUCGCAUCAAUUUAAUUCCAAAACUAAUGGUCCAGUUUUGUUAUUUAAAACUAUUUUUAGGCAUUGAAACUUUUUCCUGUUGUCUGUUGCAACAGAUUGCAAGGAUGGAUGUGGAUUAAAACUUAAAAAAACUUGGGCCAACGUUUUCAAUUUUUAAUCCUUUGCCUGCAAAAAUCACCAAAAACUUAUAGUGGUUAGUGCUCCCCGAUGAAAUUUGUGUGGUAUCGUCUUCAUAACUCUACAGGAACAUUUUGUGAAUGAGUAGAGGCACUGAGUAAUGACUUCAGCUCAGAAUUGAGUACCCAAAACAGCAAUACAGCGAUUUUUGUUUGACCUUGAAAUGAAAAUGUGCAGACAACAAACGAACGGAAAUAGAGCGAUUUGAUUGGUUUAUCAAACCAAUACAAAUGCGCAUGGUUUUUGGUUGGUUAAGCGAAUGCUUGGGUGGAAAAAUUUCAUGCCCAAGAGCUUUCUAGAAAUCAACCAAUACUUUGCUUUGACGUCAUACUGCAACAUGAUUGGCCAAUCGAAUAAUGCCUUCCCCAUAUUAGGGUUUUCUUUGACGGGAAAAUGAAGAGGCCAUAUUUUGAUCUUUUCAUCUAUUGGCUGAUAAAAAAAGUAACGAACACUUACUGAAACCAUUUUUCAAGGUCAUACGAAAAUCGCUCUAUCCUCGUGACAUAGCCCUUUCAACAAACUGUUGAUCAAGGAGAUCUGGCCAAAUAGGUAAUCCCUGGGUAUGAGAUUAGCCAAGUAGGUACCUUAUACAGCUGUAUAUUAGAAGAACCACUCUCCAUUCUCUAAACAAUGUACAUGUACCAAUGGACUACUUCAGCCUGUUGUUUAAGAUUAGGGGCUAUAAUAAUGGACGUUUUUAUCACACUGCCUUGCAAACAAACUUUUGCAUCUGGGUAAAUUCUUAAUAAUGUAAAAUAAAGUAUCAAAAACACACACAUGUACUGGAUUAGCAGAGUGGAAUUGGUUGUUUUCACUGAUAUGUAUUUAUUCCAUGGAAGUCAUUGAAGUAAUAAGUUAUUUUGCAACAGUGAACUGUCAAAAACUGAUAAAGGUAAAUGACUUUUUAUGCCAUAGGACUUAAGUAAUUUUUACAAUGUGUAGUGUCAUUAAUGGAGCACCAUAGAAUUAGUAAAGUGAAUUGUAAAAAUAUCUUUUAAUUCUCUUUUUUAGCCCCACCAAAGAAUGAUGAUCUCCCGGACCUUGAUAUGCUGAUGGGAACCCUAGAUGGGGGUGAAUCUGAGUUGGAGACAACAGCAUCACCACCGCCUCUGAUACUUCCUGAGGAAAAACAUGCAAAGCAGCGACGAAUUGAGGAACUCAAGCAAGGAAUUGCUAAUGAUCCUAUUGAUCUUUAUGAUGAGGAAUUUGAAAAAAGGGUGGAAGAUGAAAUUCUUAUGAUUGGGAACAUUUCAUUGGAGAUGGUUCAGGUAUACAUAUUUGGGUAUCUGUGUCGUGGUUCAAUGUUUUCUUUUGUUUGAAAUUCAUUGAAGAAGUUGAAUUUUUCUCUUUAUGUGUCAAACAAUGUACAGUAAUAAAUAUACUAAAAAACUUUGAAGGGAUACAAUAUGUGAUCUGUGAUCUUUUCUUUGCUCCUGUAUUUUCCUCAUCCUUCCUUGAUUAGCUCAGCUAUUUAAUUAUGAGUGAAGGAUAUUAUAAUUACCAGUAUGCAUGAAUAAAACUUGAACUUGAAAUAAUAGAAGAAUAAAUUAUUAGACAUUUUAAUGUCUUUUAAAAAAGCACCCAAAAGAAAUGCGAAGAAUUGGUUACUGAUGUUAAUAUUUUUUGAUAGAGUCGUGAUGGACAGCUCUGAUCAUUGUUUCUUGGCAACGCAUUCUUACUGAUUUUAUUCAUUCAUUUUGCUUGUAAGGAUCAAUUUUCAUAAGCCAUGUGUUGAUUAAAGUUUUUUUACAAUGUCUAUGUUACAGGUCAAAAUUAUAUUGUGGUUCAAAGUUUUGAACCUAGGUUGAUUCUCAGUUUCCUUUGUUUUCUUGAAUUUCCCUGAUUAUUCAUGAAUUAAGGAAAUUGACAAUCAACCUGGGUUAAAAAUUUUAACCAGUGAAUAUGAUUUUGACCUGUAACAUCUGUGUUUCAAAUAUUAUUUUGAUUUCUUUCUUUUUUUACUUUAAUGUGUUGUAACUUUUUUCUGCAGGAAGAGGAGCGUCGACUGCGGGAUGAGCACAUAGCAUAUCAGCAACAGCAAGCCAAAGUACAACGUGAAAGGCAGGAAGAUUUGUUAAUGAGAGAAGCUAAAGCCAAAAAAGAAGUGAUGAAGGUGAUGAGGGCAAAAAGGAAGCGUCUUCAACAAAGAGAGGUGAGUAAGGUGGCUUAAAUAUUUGUGUGCUUUAAGGUAAAACUGUUUUGGUCACCAUGUCAGUCAGGAAACAAAAUGUUGUGUCUAAGGUUGAUGGUAAGCAGCUGAUCUGGGUAUUUCUGAGUGGAAGAUCUUUCAAUCCACACUUACCAUCAAUGCAGGUCAAGCGUACCCCCCAAGAUUCUAUUAAUGAAUUGAUUAUUUGAAAAAUGAAUCUUUUAGUUGUUCCCAUAACUAGUGUUGAAUUCAAAUCGGCAUUCCUACAUGAGCAAUGGCAGGCAAUAUUUUAUGAGAACUUCCCAGUAACUGGUAAGAUAAAACAUCUUUGAAUGGAUUAAAUUUCUCAGAAGACAUUCACAUCAAAUUCAGGGAAACUGAGCUGAUAGAAAUGUCGUAACUGCCUCACGUGUGAAUUCACGGCUUAUUACACGUGCAAGAAUGCAGAGAUGAAUCUAAAGUCUACAACUACCAAUGGAUUCAACUUUCCAGUAAUAAAUUCAUUAAUGGAAUCUUGGGGGUUACGUUUGACCUAGCUUGACUGUAAAGUUGCAACCAUUUUGGUUGUCGUGGAAAUCACAAAACAGUAAUCAUUUUGGCUGUGUAUAUUAUGUGUUCAUUAUGGUGUAUGUAUUGGUAGAAAAUAUAUCUUGACUAAAUUUUCCAAAAAAAUAAUAAGCAAUUUAAGUCAAUGGUCGAGCCUGUUUUAUUCAAUGUAAUUUUUUUGUUCUAAAUCAUAGGACCUUAUGAUGCAGCAAGAUCGUUUGAUCCAAAACAGGAUUCACAGAGCAUUCCGCAGAGCAGAGGAACAACUGCUGAAAUCACUGACAGCAAGAAAGGGAGAAGUGAAGGCAAGUUUAUGUUGUAAAAAUGUGCUAAAUUUCUCAAGAAAUAGUGCUGCUGUGAUUGGGGGAAUCUUGGGGCUUGUGCAGUCGAACCUCUAUUAUCUGGACUUUUCGAUUAUCCAGACUCGUUACUUGUUGGUCCCGUAUUUUUCAUGAAUAUAAAUAAGACGUGAUCUUCAAAAAUUGAAACGUUAAGUUCAUGAAUCCUUUCAAAUGUGUGUUAAAAACACUGUUGUGAUCUGUUUCGAACACGAACACUCAAAACAGUAACUUUUUUAUUUUGUUAAUACAUAGUACAUACAGCCCGUAUGUAAAUGCAAGUGGGAGCUGAUUCACAAUUAAAUUUCGUUUUCUUUAUUCCCUAUCUUUACAUUAUUGUCUCAUUAAUAUUCAUAUUUUCGAUUAUCCGGACUCUCGAUUAUCCAGACUAUUUACUCAAGUCCCAGCAAGUCUGGAUAAUCGAGGUUCGACUGUACUCAUGUAUUAUUUGUAGGUUUUGGUUUGGUUCAGUUUAUGUUUCAUCCAGGUCUCCAAGUUUGCACCUCAUUUAAGAUCAAUUUUCUUUGUCUUCAAAAUUAUGCCUCAGUUUGGAAAUUGCUCAAUAUUCAAUAGGGACCUAACUAUUCAACAGUGGUAGUGAUCCAAUUUCAACUUUCUGAAAGUCACCUUUUGGUAACUUAGUUAGUUUCUCUAGUUACUUGGGUUUUAAUUGGUUGAUAAGAUUACCUCGACUACUUGUCUAUCUCUAGACAGAACAAAAAAGUCAGCAGUCUCUUUUUUUACUUCUCGGGUGCAGUCCUUGUUUGUUGCCGCUUGCGGCUUUGCCUAUCACUGCUUGUGUGUAUAUGUUACAUGUACCUGUGGAGUAAUGUUGGAUACAAAAAGAGCUGGCUCGUGGUCUAUGAUCAUGCGAGCUUGACAGUUAUUGUAAAAUAUAAUAAUAUAAUUAUAUUUGUCAGGCUCAACAUUGCUACAUUUCCUGUCAUAACACUAUUCCGUAUGUAUUUGUCUUUCAUUUUCAGGCCAUGUAUGGUGAUUUGAUCCUGGCUGACGGUCAGUAUGGUGGAAGUAAAGGACGACGGUGGAAAGUGGAUUGGAACAGAACUCCACAGCCAAUCCAGAUUAAACUUAAGUGUCUGAGAGGGGUCAAAGAUAAGCUACCAGGUAAGAAGCACAGUUGUGUUUCAUCUUAUCCUUACAGGGGGUUUGGAUUUUUAUGUUGUAUUUGUCGAACAGGUUUACUUUCCCAAAUCAUGAAGUACAUAAACAAAUUCAAAAUAAGUGGUUAAAGAGAAUUUUUUGAAGUAAACAAAUAAUAUUUUAACUAAAAUGGAUGUCAACGUCAUCCUGUGUCUUAGCGGUAUCCACAAUCAAUAUUGUUAUGAGUCUGCCUGGUUCAGGCUUAAAGUUUUGUGUUCAGUCCUUGCGGUACCUUUUUUUGUAGGCAAGAAAUUUUGCUCCACCGUCUUUCAUCAUCCAGUGCUGUCUUGUUCAAAGCUGGGUUACGAUAACCCAGUGUCAGAGCAAAAUGUACAUUCAGAUCUGCGAGCCAAAAGCAAACUCAGUUUCAUUCUUUUUCAAUCUUUUUGUAUAAAAUUUGAAGAUUGGAUAUGCUCUAAAAGCAAUAGAGAAAAUUAUCCUGGAAAAUGCUUUUGAAAAAAACAGGUGAAAGAAAGCGAGAUAAAAUGUAACCCCUGCUUUGUGCUAAUGGGCCUUCAAACAACUGGGCCCAGGGGUAUAAAAAUAUUAAUGAGUACUGGCAACAUACUUUCUGGUGGUGACCCUGUGAUGGACUAGCAUAUCCACUAGUGUUUUGCUAGUGUGCUACAAUAACUGGGUUAAACUGUAGUCAUGUGUGUCUUCUUGGCUCAUGUAUGCCUUUACCUAUGAUUCAGGCUUGGCUAUCAAUUCUUAUGUAGUAGCCUUUAAAACUUACAUGUAGUGACCCAGGGACUAUUAAUGCACUGGUCUUACAUGUAUGCAACCACUAGGCCAGACCUGCACUUAAGAAAGCUCAUGGUGAUUUUUGCCGCAUAAGAGGCUCUAUUUUAAUCAGUGUUUUUUGCUAUUCUCACUCCAGCUGGUCGCUAUGUUUUGAUGGUAUCACUGUAUGACAGACUGGGUGGCCAUGUUCUCAAGUGGUCCAAUCUCAAGGGACAGCAGUGGGGUGGAGCUACCUUACCUCUACAGCACGAUGGAGAGUUCUUUAACAUAGAAGUUAAGGUUGGUGCUCGAAUGUUUCUUCGCAAAAACGGUAGUGUAAGUAUACUUUGCAAUUUCAAGUGCUUGCCAAAUAUCACAACUGGCUGGCUAGACUGGUCAUUUUGAAAAUGAAGUAGAAUUCUUUUUUAGUUUUUUUUUUGGUCCAAAAAACCACCACAGCAGUGCACAAUUUUUGAUGUCCCUAAGGAGUGAAGGGAUACGGCAGUAUUCACAGGGUAGCAAAAUUCAUACAUAAUGAAAUUAUUAAUUUGGACUUAAUUCUGCUAUGGAAUGUUGGAAACUUUCUUUUCAAAUGGCAUUAAUGUGAAAAUAUAUCUUUCCAAUGUGAUAAAAUCAAAACAGGAUAAUGUUAUUAUGUGGUCUGUGUAAAGAAAACAGAUCAGUUUUGAAGAUCUAACACCUCCCUGUUUAGGUUACAGAGACAGUUGGUGUUGCAAUCACUUAUUAUUUUUGUUUUGAUACACUUAUUUUUACAUGUUUUUUCAGAUUGAUCAGAGUGUGUUCACAGUGUGUCCAUCUAAGCCGGACGUCCGUCCAGGCAUGAUUCUUGUAUUUGAACUGUUUAUUCUGCGGGGGAGUGUCACUCCUACUGACAGGGUGGUAGGGUGGGGCUGUUUCCCCAUUUGCGAUGGAGAGUUCAACAUUGUUGAUGGAAAGUAAGCAAUAUCCCUCUUUCUUAGUAUCUUGUAGUUUGCAUUUACUCAUUGGGUGGGAGUUGGGGAAGGGAGGGAAAGGAGACCUGUUGUAUUCCCCCACCCCCUUCUCCCACCCAACAGCCUUCUUGUAGGCUUUGUUGUAAUUAAGAAAUGGUAAACAUGCGGCGUGCAACCAUGGAGUUAUGGAUGCACGCAGGAGGUUGCUAAGCACGAAAGAAGUGUAAUAUCGCCUCGUGUGACUCUAGCUUCUUAAGUGCUUAGCAAACCUCCCAAGUGCAUCCAUAACUCCAUGGUUGCACAGCUGCAACAUUUACCAUUUCUUUUAUAACAUAAUCAAAAGAGAAAAACAUUAUUUUCCAUUUGCCUUCGGUUGAGUCAUCCGUCCGAGUUCAUGUAUGCUACCAUCUGCCCGCGCGUAAACAAAUGAUGUUCUAUGUUUUUCAAAAACUUGCCUUUGAGUUUUUCUUCCGCUGAAUCAACCGUUCUCCGUCUUCAGGUAAAUUGCAAAACGUUUUUCGUUGUUAUUCUGAAUGGAAUCUGUCUACUUGCUCUUAAUGUUGGGGUAAAAACUUUGAGGGAAAACUAUAGCUGCAACUAUAAACACCAACUAAAAAGACUCUAAAAAAUAAGCUAAAACUAAAUAAAUGAAAUAAUUAUCAAGCUUACUUAUGGGACAAUUUUUGAAAUAAACGUAAAGUAGAAAUGAGAAAAUUUGACUGUAAUUCCUCUAUACGGUGGCCCACAACUGUCACCGCAAAACCAAAAAUCUCACGGCAAAACCAAAAAUCUCACGGCAAAAACAACAUACCUCACGACAACACCAGAAACCUCACGGCAAAACCAAAGUCCUCACGGCAAUACCAAAUACUUCAGAGCAAAAACCAAAUACCUCACGGCAAAAGCAAAUACUCACGGCAAAACCAAAGCUAUUUUGCUUUUGCUGUGAAGUAUUUGGUUUUGCCGUGAGGUUUUUGGUUUGCCGUGAUGUUUUUGUUUUUGCCGUGAGGUUUUUGGUUUUGGCGUGAGGUAUUUUGUUUUUGCCGUGAGCUUUUUGGGUUUGCCGUGAGGUAUUUUGUUUUUGCCGUGAGGUUUUUGGGCGUAGUUACUAAAACAAGGAAUGACCUACAAUGACCUACAAUGACCUACAAUGAUCUACAAUGACCUACAAUGACCUACAAUGAUCUACAAUGAUCUACAAUGACCUACAAUGAGCUACUAUGACCGAACGUGUACUCCCUGUAAUGAACUAAAAUGAAGAUUUUAGAAAAAGACAAAAAAAAAAAAAAGAUCAGGGGACGUGUGUCGUAGUUACUAAAACAAGGAAUAACCUACAAUGACCUACAAUGGCCUACAAUGACCUACAAUGAUCUACGAUGAGCUACUACGAGCUACAAUGAGCUACUACUAGCUAAAAUGAGUUAAAAUAAGCCCGACAAUGAGCUACAAAAUGACAGACAAUGAUGUUUGUCGUGUGUCACGCUUGGACGUGACACUAGGCUCAUGGUAUUAAAUUGCCAAGCACAUUUUGAAAAGGCAAAACCAAAAUUGUACCUGAACUCAGGUAACUUGAGAAACUUGAAAAUAGAUUAUGGCAAUCGCGUUUUUACCGGUUUAGCACUAUUACACCCUGUAUUGACGGAAGUCAUGCAGGCACUUCCUCAUUUGGCCUAGAUGGGUAUGGGCCGCUGAGCAGGAUAUGGAUUUUACUAUUUAGCGUUACAAACAGAGCAUCCUGUUGGACCGGAAGCCAUUUAAAGGGUCUUAUGAUGUCUUAUACAGGCCAGGGUACUUAAAAAAAAUUAACAAUUUUUCUUUUGAACAGGAUCAGAAUUUGAAGGCCUGCUACUCCUUUGUUCACUUCUACCCUUACAUCUCUUGAAGAUCCCCCUCCCCGGAUCGACAGUUGAGGUGACUUUGUUUGUUCAAUUUGUUUGAAAAAAAGACAAGACAAAAUAAAACUAAUACGAAAGGUUGCAAGGGAUGGUUUGGACAAAAGUCACAGUAUCAUCAUACAUGUAUUAUUACACUGUAAAUUUAUCUCCAAGCGUAAUAAUUAGAGACGCUGUCAUCGUUAAAUGGGCUGUCAUGCAGUAGACUAAACACGUUACGUUUAUGCACACGUCCCCUGAUCUUUUUUUUUUUGUCUUUUUCUAAAAUCUUCAUUUUAGCUCAUUACAGGGAUUACACGUUCGGUCAUAGUAGCUCAUUGUAGGUCAUUGUAGAUCAUUGUAGGUCAUUGUAGAUCAUUGUAGAUCAUUGUAGGUCAUUGUAGAUCAUUGUAGAUCAUUGUAGGUCAUUGUAGAUUAUUGUAGAUCAUUGUAGGCCAUUGUAGAUCAUUGUAGAUCAUUGUAGGUCAUUGUAGGUCAUUGUAGAUCAUUCAUUGUAGGCCAUUGUAGGUCAUUGUAGAUCAUUGUAGGUCAUUGUAGGUCAUUGUAGGUCAUUGUAGAUCAUUGUAGGUCAUUGUAGGUCAUUCCUUGUUUUAGUAACUACGGGUUUUUGGGUUUGCCGUGAGGUUUUUGGGUUUGCCGUGAGGUAUUUUGUUUUUGCCGUGAGGGUUUGGUUUUGCCGUGACAGUUGUGGGCCACCAUACCUUUAGAAUAACGGGUAACGCUAAUUUUAAAAAGAAAUUAACUAGCUUUGUAUCGAAAUCUGUCUGGGGAAAUCCAGCUGUGAAAGUCAAAGUUACAACUGAAAUUCGCUGACACACAGCCGGCCCUGAAGCUGUGGUUUUUCGACUGUUCUCUAAUCGACUGUUAUGAAUGAACACUGAGGAACAAAAUAAUACACCCAGAAGUUAUUUUUUGAAAAAUUUAUUUGAAAACCCAAGUGUUUCUGUACUCAAAUGAAAUUCGCUUAUUCCAGCGUAAGGGACGGACCAUUAGAAAACUUAUUGGGGUGGGGGCGAAGUACCAAAAAAAAAUUCGCGCAAGGGAAAAUUAAAUGAAAAAAAGUUCUUGCUAUGACCUAAAAAAAAUUCAUACAAGGAAUUUGAUAACGAAGAAAAAUUCCUGCGGCUCGAAAAUUCUCCUCCCCCCAAUAACUUAUCUAGUGGUCAGUCCCUAAUGUGCCCGUUUAAACUCAACCAAAAUUUUUAAUCGAUACGAUGAAGACUUCACAACUAAGCUGUCUCGAAUUUGAGCGUGUUUCCUAAAAUAUUUGCUUGAAUUUAGCAUCAGCUUGACCAAAAAGUCAAUAACACAAUGCUAAUUGAUAAAUUUACAUUUCAAACAGGCUUUCUCUUCUAUAGAAAACACAAAAAAUGUACCUUAAAUCUUCGCUCGCUCGAUUUUCCUUCAGCCGAUUCUUGCGGCGAGGAAAACAGUGAUUAAUUCAUCCUGGGCAAAUUUGUCGCCUGAUCUUUUGUCUUUUUUCCUUCAAAACGACAGCUUAGUAUUUUCUUCAACUUCCACUUCUCAUCUGUGCAUUUCAUCGGUGUAUUUUACCGUCAGGAGAGGAGAUUUGUUGAAUUUGCCUAAAUUUUACUGCGCUAGCUCAGUUUCUUGACGUGCACCCACGGGCAAAUGGUAGUGGCUAACUGACCAGUCAGAGCGCACAAUUUACUUUUGUUGUCUUAUAAUUUACAUUACAGUCAACUUUAUUAAUUUUAAAUGGUAGAAUCCAUUGUGUUUUACUUUUUGUUAACCUAGCCUUGUAGCAUAUUUGGGACUAUAUAAAUGCACAACACAGUACAGUAUACCUCAUGUACCUGCAAAUGUUAUGCAUUCUGUGGUGUACAAGUGAGCUCUCUGCUUUGAAACUGGAAGAAUCAGGGUUUGGCCUGUUAAGAUUCUGCCAACAUAGCAGGUAUAUGUAGUAUAAAUUUUGUAGAGAGAAGAGCGAGUGAAAAAAAUUAUAUGAGUGUGUGUGCCUUCCAUGAGGAGACAUGAUUUGAGGGUGCUGAAUUUCUGCACUUCACUUGUUUUGCUCUUCUUUUUCUGAAAAAAGAAUAGAACUUGCAGUUUAAAUUGAAAAUACAGUUGAAUGUAAGGCUUCAAAUGGAAUAUAAUUAUGGUAUCUCUUUUACCUCUUGUGGUUCUCUAAAGGAUAGCUAUCUUGCAUAAUUACCGUAAAAUUCCGAAAAUAAGCCCUGGGGCUUAUAUUUUUUAAAGGCCUUUUUUGAGGGACUUAUUUUUGGAGGGGCUUAUAUUCGGAGGGGCUUAUCUACGGAGGGAAUUUUGGGUCUUAAAAUCGAUUGGGCUAGCCUUAUAGUUCGAAGAAAAUUUACCGUUUUUGCUUUUUUUUUACUUUGUAUUUGAGGGCAAUUUUCCAAUUACAAGCCGUCGGGGGGCUUAUAUUUGGAGGUCCGAGUUAACGGAGGUUUUUCACGUUACCGGUUUGGAGGGCUUAUAUUUGGAGGGGCUUAUUUUCGGAAUUUACGGUAUGUUUUGCUCCUUACUUUAUUGAUUAUUCUCAACAAACAAUAACACACCAUUAUUAAUUCCUUUGCAGAUACAAGGCGCCUUUUCUGAGAGGUGAUAUGGAUCCUCAUAUCGAUAAACAUGAGAAAAUUGAAGAGCUGAUGGCUGAUGAUCUGGAAAACUGGCUGUGUAAUCUUUAUUUUGAGAUCGUCAAAUUGCCCAGGUAGGGAAUGUUGCAAUUCAAGGAGUCUGUUACGGGUUUUUUUUGUACUGUACAAGGUGGCUCUUUUAGUCUAACCUAACAUUUAAUUUAUCUAUGGACAAGACCCUUUGGUCUGACCAUGAAAAUGAGGAGGUGAAAUUAUACUGUAAAAGGUGUUUAUAAUGCUACUCAAAUGGAAGCUACUGAGCAGUACUCUUCUGUGGUGCUGUUUAUCCUCCGGUACAAAGUAGUUCCAUCUUUUAGGUCUAUGAGUGAACUUCUGAUGUGUGACCAUUCAGUUGAAGAGCUAACCGCGAGUUAAUUUUGCCAUACAACGUGGGUUCAACUUUUGAACUUGUGGACGAAGUUCUUGUUUGAUCUUUCAAAUAAACGCCACUGCUUAGAAUUUCCAUUUUUAACGCCAGGUUUUUCUAAAAAGAAGUUUGAAUUUUUCUACUCUGUGCAGGUACAUGGCUGGUCAAAAGGAAUAUGAAGUUGAACUGCAGUUUACAUCAGGAAUUCUCAGUUACCCAUCGCGCACAAAUAUCGAUGAAGAAAACAUUGACGGAGAAGAACCCAUCUUUGGGUCACGGAUAGACCUCAAGUCACCCUCUCCCUCUAGCAGCCGACGAGGCAGCAGAAUCAGUAUGAUGGGGUGAGUUGUUUACCCUGGGAUACUCCUGACAACCCUUGGGAUACUUUUCAUUACCCUGUAGUAGUCUUUGUACCCUAGGGGUACUCCUUAUGCCAUAAGGGCACUCUUAUAACCCUAAGGGCACAAAUCAUAACUUCAAAUCACCCUCUCCUUGAAGCAGCCAGCGAGGCAGCAGGAUCAGUCUGAAGGGGUAAGUUACUUGCCCCGGGAUACUUCUGACAACCCCUGGGAUGCUUUUGAUUACGUUGGAGUAGUCUUUGUACCUAAGGGGUGCCCUUCAUACCAUUGAGGCGCUCCUUGUGACCCUAAGGGUUCUGCUCAUAACCUAUGUUGUAAGGCUGGAUUAUCAGCUGCUAUUUAGGAAAUAAGCCCGCGCUUCUGCCCCAAAUAGGUCCGAGGGAACGGCGGAAAUGGAGCCUACUAUGUUCUUGACUAAACUGUAAAGGCGGCCAGUUACUCGAGUUAGAAGCUACUAUGUUGAGGUUUUAUUGCAAGGCACGAAAUUUUAUUGAAUUUUUCGAUCCAUCCCGUGAUUAUAUUGGCCCCCGCCGUGACAGAAAUAAAAAUGUGGGUAAAGGAUCACUCACCACAAAUAAAACACAGUCAAACAAAGUAAAUUUACUACUAUGAUUCACAGUUCUUGCCGUUGUCGACGACAAUUAAAUUUGUAUUUAACUAUUUUUUUUUGGCGUGUAUUCAGGUCCAGUUUCUUUGGAAGCUCAGCGCAUAUUGAAUCGGCCGUGGAAGAGAAGGAGGGCAUGGGUUCUAGCCACAAUCUACAGGUUGAGGUUCCUGAGAUGAGAAGAACUGUAAGUGAUAAACUGUAGUUUUCACAUUAAAUUCUUGUACUUACUGUACUUCAGUUUAAAACGCGUGGUAGUAAAUACAUUUAACGAGCAUUUAAGCAAAAAACAGCCCUUCUUAUUCAGAUAUGAACUAAAUGUGUAUUCUUGAUGUAGUUAUAGUUAGAUGAAAGUGGAAAUAAUAUUUCGUUGGCAUAUAGAGUGUAGGAGCCAACAAUUAGAUGGAAUUAGUAUAGGUGAUAGCAUGAUUUGUAGUGAUAUUUGGCAUAAAUACCAGUGAUAUUAUCAAUCAUAUAGAGUUGAUAGUUCAAAAUUGUUAUACGAAAUUUCACUAGCCGUUAGGCAAGUGAAAUUUGAGACAAUUUUGAAAUAUCACAAGUGGUAUUUAUGCCAAAUAUCACAUGCAAAUCAUGUUAUUAUUUGUUUAUACUACUAUCCGCAAAAGGUUUGUAAUUGUCACAUGUGGGUACUUCAAAUUAAGGUGAAAUACCACUGCUCUAAGCCAAUCAAAUUGCAGAAAUUUCUCAUGUGGUAGUAUAAAUUUUCUUGUCCUUCCUAUGCGCGAAUGCAGGUUAGAGUACUACGUAUUACGGUGACUGGGGCGUCUUGAACAAAACGAAACGAAACAAUCAGACUGUAUAAGGCGAACUUUUAAAACCAAGGCAACCAAAAAAAUUCAGCCAAUCAGCUCGUAGAAUUAAUAGUUGACUCGAACGAUUUCAGUCGUAAUUAAUUUUUCGCUUUUUUUUGUCUCUUUGCGUUGGAUUUACCACAGUUAUGCUCUAGAUGUUAAACUUUUUUACUUACAAGCUGAAUGCGUAUGUUUUCAGUCUCUUGCCGUCCCCGACCCAAUGUUACGUCAGCGCCGUUCAUCCGCCUCUUCACGCCGGUUGUCACGCCCCGUGACUACGCACACGUCACGCAGGGCAGCGGAAGGGGAUGCCUCUAGUGAUGGUAGCGGGACUGAUUACUCUGACGAUGAAGUGCUUAUGUUAAAGAAAGACGAUGGAUUUAGGCCAGUCAAGGGUCAACCUGGCAUGUACUAUAAGGUUUGUAUCAGCAUCUCAGUCGAGAUCUUGUUUUCAUUGAUAAACUAAACAUAGACUACGAUUUGUCCCUUAGUUUUAAGAGAACACGGUAAAAUGAGCGAAAUACGUGAACUCGUGAACAAUCGACGCGCGAGUUUCUAUUUUCCGCCCUUCACGUGUUUUGUUUGUCUAUUAAAAAUCAAAAUAACAAGGACAAGAACAGCGUCAAGAAACUACUCGCAGUCUUUACUGGACACCUAGAUGAAUCAUCAGGUGACAAGUGGAACGAAAAUCUUUUCCCUCUCUCUUCUUUAUCAAAAUCCGAAUAGACCAAAUAGUAUUAAAAAUUUUCAGAGAAUUAAGUUUACUAGAAAGAAUUAGCCUGUCGUUUUUAAGUUGUUAUUGUUGUCAAACUGGUUUUGCGAGUGCGAGUAUCUAACUGUAUCCAAGCAACAUGCAGCGCAUGCUCAGCAGAGAUCACGUCUUGAAAUAGGCCAUUUGCCUGAUGACGUCAUUUUACUACUACGACCAGAAUCCUUCAGAGGUUUGCUUUCUUUUGCAGAUUAAAGCUUUUGUUACUCAAACCUCGCUGGGACUACCAAAUUUGAGUGUGAAAGGAAAAACGAAAAAGAUUGUGGUCGUAGUAAUAAAAUGGCGCCAUCGUGCAAAUGGCCAAUUUCAAAGUCAAAACCCAACGAAUAGUUGUGUCAUAGGUCAUAAACCUGUCCUUUUGUUUGUCAACUUAAAAAAGUGAAGGUUUUGUUCUAUUACGUCCAAAAGAAUUGAUUCUCCGACCUAGAAUGUAAACAUGGCAAACUGACAUCGGCUUUUCUACCAUGGUAAUUAGCCGGAGUUUAAAAAAAACGGGUCUCUGAACCCUAUCAGUUGGCCGGUAAUUUGAAGAAUUACUUUUCCAUUUCAGAAACAUUUGAACAACCCAGUAGAUGUCCACGCCAAGAAAAUGUUCACCAUGCUUCCAAAAACACCACUUAUGACGCGAAAGAAGAAGCGGAAGAAGCUGACCCAUUUGGAAGAACUGGAAGAACAUACUUUCACAGUACAGUAAGUAACGCCUGCCUGUUUGGCGAUAAGAUAAAGACGGCGGCCUCCCGAAGAAGAAGCGGGAAACUCAUUUGCUAAGUCUAUCUUUAGGGAACCUGACAACAACGUCAACAGCAAAAUAUUCAAUUAUUUAUAAAAAAGACUUUAGUUCCUGUUCUUCGCGGUUAUUCCAACCCUACUAUGUAACUCAAGUAUCUUGAAAAUGAACUUUUAAGCUCCGAAGUUAACAAAGGCAAUGAGAAUUUUACUGGCACUGCCUAAAAACCUAGAGUUAAACAUUUCACGUUAUUGUUCUUUAACGCCGCGCUUGUCCAGGGAACGUGCAAAGGGAUUGUUAUAACUCAUCAAACAUGUGGCUUUCACGCUACCAAUUCUCUUAGUACCGCCGUUUAGGACACUCAUGCUCAGCAAAAUAUUCACUUAUUUAUAAACGAGACUUUAGUUCCUGUUCUUCGCGGUUAUUCCAACCCUACUUUGUAGCCCAAGUAUCUUGAAAAUGAACUGUUAAGCUCUGAAGUUGACAAAGGCAAUGAGAAUUUUACUGACUCUGCCUAAAAUCCUAGAGUUAAACAUUUCACGUUAUUGUUCUCCAAUGCCGCGCGUGUCCAGGGAACGUGCAAAGGGAUUGUUAUAACUCAUCAAACAAGUGGCUGUCACGCUACCAAUUCUCUUAGUACCGCCGUUUAGGACACUCAUGCUCAGCAAAAUAUUCACUUAUUUAUAAACGAGACUUUAGUUCCUGUUCUUCGCGGUUAUUCCAACCCUACUUUGUAGCCCAAGUAUCUUGAAAAUGAACUGUUAAGCUCUGAAGUUGACAAAGGCAAUGAGAAUUUUACUGACUCUGCCUAAAAUCCUAGAGUUAGACAUUUCACGUUAUUGUUCUCCAAUGCCGCGCGUGUCCAGGGAACGUGCAAAGGGAUUGUUAUAACUCAUCAAACAUGUGGCUUUCACGCUACCAAUUCUCUUAGUGCCACCGUUUAGGACACUCAUGCUCCUUUUCUUAAACUACAGACCUCCAUGGUCGAAUAAAGGACACAUCCCCCGCUAUGACCGAGAGAAGAUGCAGUAUGUUGGCCGUCAGCUCAUGGCUGAGCUAGGCCUAUCUCAAUGGCGGUCUCGGGAGUUCUGGGCCAUGCUACUGUUAAUUGCCUUCACUUGGUGGCUGAGACUAUAUGCUCACUAUGGAGGACAGUGGGUCUACCUUCAGGCACUUGCCGUUCCUGUUAGCAAGUAAGUAGCAUUCAUUAAUAAAUUGAAAAAGUUUUUUUUUUGUGCAUUUGGCAACCGUGCCUUGUUUUCCACUUUUCGCGAUUUUAUGUUUUCCCGCUUGCUCUCUUGACAUCAGCCUCAGGUUUUCUUGCUCUUGACAGCCGUUUCUUGUUUUCCACUGUUGGCUCGAGUUGGCACUGAGUUUAUGUUUUCCCGCUCUUCGCACACGUUUCAUGUUUCCCGCGCUUGACAGCAGCUUCAAGUUUUCCCGCGCGUAUCAACAAGUUCUCCCACGCCUGCAGCCGUUUCGUGUUUUCCCACCCUUAUCACUGGCUUCAUUAUUUCUGCUGGCCUCACUGGCGCACUUGUCUAUUACGUAGCCGUCAUUUGUCUUGUCACGCAACGCUGCUGCCCUUACAGCCCGCCAAAAGGAAAGGAGCAUAGUCGUGACGAGACAAGUAACGGCUUUUUAGUCACUUCAAUACGGCGCAUAGGUUUCCUAUGAUUUUGUUUUCAGCGGGCCUUAGCUCUUUUCAUUUUGCCACUUGUUCAUCUCUUGUCCAUCCCUAGGCCAGCUAAUCUUUUUUCAUCUUCACUUCUUUACUGAUUUAUUUUGUUUUAAUCUUUUCCACCACAGAUACGAUUUUUUGGCGUACACAGUGACUCUCAACUACCAAAGCACGUUGCUUAAAACACGUGAAGAGAUCAGUAUGGUGGUAUUAGGACCUUUCACUAAUAUCAUCAUAUUCUGUUUGACUGUAAUAUUUUCCUGGAUUCUACAGCGGUUGUACGGUACCUCUCCCAACAUCUUCUCACGGUUUAUCAUGGCCUAUGGGAUCAACGUCUUAUUGGAUCCGAUAUGGAUCUUAAUUGUGGAUUCCGCCCUCAUGAGGUAUGAUGCUCUGUGAUGACCUUUGUUAAAGAAACUUUUGAACCGAAGGUUUUAAAGCAGCCUACGAAUGCAGGCAGAUUAAGUGGUGGACAGCUAAAUAUACUUGUAUACGCUAGCAGGCUGCAAAGGUUAAGCGAGACAAACUUUUUUAUCAGUUAAAAAUGAAAAUUGCAGUCAGUUUAGUUUUUAGUAAAGACUGGACUGGUCGAUGGAAUAUAUUUUUGCUCAGGAAAUUGUUUUAAAGAGUAUUGAAUCUCCUUAUAUUUAGUUUGCUUUCCAACAAUGGAAGACCAAUGUGAUAGAGUAAAUUCAUAAUUAAAUUCAUUCUACGAAGAAAAAGUAUUUUUUCUUUCUUUUCUUUUUUAAAAGAGGUACCCAUGUUUCAUUCGACAGUGUUCAGAAAUGUUUCGUACUGUUUUUGCUGGCAACAAUUUAGUCUCCUUUGUCUACCAGACGUGUUGAAGCUCUUUGUAAAUUGUUUCAAAGAUAACUACUUAUCAAGAGAAAGGGUCAUCAUUGGCAUGAGAAUUAAUAAAAUGAUUAGCAAGGGGAAAAUGCUAUGAUCUUUUAAAAAUUAUCUCAUCUAGUUAGUCCUCUAAAACCUCUUUAUACAAUGUUUUAAAGAAAUCGAUAUUUUCAACUACUUGUCUAGUCGGAAUAAGUCCCCAAGAUCGAGUGACAAACAUCAGUUCUCCCCAAAGUAACAAUAUCAAUACACAAUCAAGAUAAAAAGUCGCGAGAAUUUAUAAAAUGAUCACCAAGGAGAUAGUGCUUUGAUCUUUUAAUAAAUUCUCCCAUCUACUUAUUUAAUGUAAUAUGGAGAUCAGUCUUGAGAAUUUGUACUUUGAUCUUCGAGCUUUAAGGAUUUAAACUUUUCUUUGUUAUAGGUAUGUGAACGUGGGAGGAGAUGUGCCAAUAGGAGAUGCCUUCAAACUCUACUGGCAUUUUAUCCGCUUUGAGAACAACGGAGCUGUGGGAAUAGUUUUGACAGUGUUUCUGUACAUUGUUACCAUUUUCACCUCCUCUGUCGUCAUCUACUUUUACUUCCUUCGAAUUCAUAACAACGGUCGCCUCAUGGACGUUUACCACCGUCUCCACGCGCGCGAGGAUGAGUUUUUCAUUCCUUACGAUCUGGAGAUAUCAAACGUGGAGCUAAGUUACAUAUCCAAGAAAGCAGAGCAGUACCGCGGGGAGGAGGGAGAGAGGAGAAAAACGGCUGUGUAUGACUACAUUUGGGAAGAAGAACAGGUAAAAUUUGUUCUCUUUGCUUUUGUGGAUAUGUUUUGUGCGUGCUUUGUAUUAUUUUGUUAGAAUUGUAUCGGCUGAACGGUUACAAAAUUUUCCCGCGUAAACCUGGUUGAGCAGCGCGGUAAAGAACUGCUUUGAAGUUACGUUGUAAAACAAUGGUCAGAAUCAAAAGUUUUCAUUGGUUUGUGCCUAAUCACUCUGAUCCAGUCCUGCUCUUUACAGAUUGACGAGUCAGACAUGGGUACCUCGGACCGCAAGAAGACUGGGCACCGUGAAAUCACUACACACGUGUCCAUACACACGAUUCACCUGGAUGGAUUGCGGGAAUUGUAUAGGCACUUCCUUAGGCUGCCUGAUGGUGCUGUUGUAGAGGUCAGUAUUCUACACAUUUGGUUGGAGUGCCUCGACAUGGAUCCAUGGCACUGGUGGAUCGAUAUGAACGGUGGGGUGGUGUUUGGGGCCCUCAUCAAGGCUAUGAGAUUAAAGGAGAGGGGUUUCUCUCCAAAUUUCCUGGCCCUUUAGGCCUCGAUUUGGUCUGAAUGACUGCUGUGCCCCAUGAGCCUUAUAACCGUAGUCUGCUUGACAAUUAAAAUAGUUUUUAAUUACACUUAACAUUGAGGUCUGGUACGAACAUCUCAACCAAAAGAGAUCCUGCCAUAAGAAGUACCGGCCGAGUUUAAGGAGGCAGUGUGAUGUAGCGGUUAGACACAGGGUCCAGAGGAGUUUCGUGUGAAUAAAUGAAUUACUUAUUUAAAGUCUUCACCUUGAAAAAUGUCUAUACCUGUCGCUUAGCGCUAUUAAUUAGCCUAAUGGGAUCUUAAUGAAUCUACUGUAAACGAUUUCUUCGCCUCUUAUCUGACCCAGAUCGACUUUGUUGUUCGCCAUUUUGAAAAUCAAUAACCGCAAGCCAUAUCCUCGCUGAAGCACGGAACGUCGCCCGAAGGGUGACCGAAGGCCGUCGCCCGAAGGGCGACCGAGGCACUGUAAGCCCUCAGUCUCUUGGUUUGCGGUCAACAGAAUGUGUAACGAAACUGUAACGCGAUCAAAAUAACCCAUUUUUAGAGUCCGAUCUUGCGAGCCCUCAGUCUCUUGGUUUGCGGUCAACAGAAUGUGUAACGAAACUGUAACGCGAUCUAAAUAACCCAUUUUUUUCAGAGGUUUUCGACGGGUUUUGAUGUUCUAACGACAAACACAUCUCCUCUGGACCCUGUGGUUAGAGCGCUGGAAUUUUGAUCCUGAGGCCCCGCGUUCAAAACCAGCCGUAACCGCGAGCUGAAUUUGUCUUAACGAUACCCCCGAGUUCAACUUGUCGGUCACGAUUUUGAAUAGCCAAAUAGUUUGCCUCCGGUCAGUUUGGAUUCUUAACCCUGUUAUUUUCAUUUUCAAAUGUUUGUUUCUUCCCUUAUUUGCGGGCUACAAAAAAAACUGCUGGAUAACCAGUAAUUGUGGUUCCCCUAGAAAGUCAAUAGGGAGCUUAAGCAACGACCACGGCGACGGCAAUGAAAACGGCAAAAAAGCAAUAGGACGGUUUAGAUUAGCAAAACAAUAACUUUGCACUUGCAUUACGCUUUUUGGAACAUUUCUUUGCUGUCGUUGCACGACUACGACGUGAAAGUGCCUAAUUUCACGUUUUAUCGAGGACGGGAACACAAGACAAAAACUUUAUUUUUUGUCUUGAACUUUGAUAGAGUCGUUUAGAAUUCAGCUCCAAAAAACUUUGCCAACAUUUGACGAAUUAAUCGAGAUGCAACAAGCGCGAUAAAGUUUCAGGCAGCGUGAAUUCACUUUUUAAGUGACGUUUUCGUUGUCGUCGCCGUCGCCGUCGUCUUUGCUUAAGCUCCCCAAUGUUCAUCAACCUCGUCCCCAGGGCUUUGAAUGUUCAUUUAUCCUUUCUUGCCUAUCUAUAGGUGUUUGGAGAAAUGGGUGUGGUGGGAAUGGAUGAGAGUAUCAAACAGGCUCUCAUUAAAGGAACUACGUACCAGUCCAUGGACAGCGCCAAGGGCUCACGGGCGAGUAUACGAGGGAGGUCCCGGACCGGGUCAGGAAUUAGCGAGUCAUCACUUCGUAGGCCUUCAGUUAUGCUAGAAGUUCCCAAGACUUCGCGGGCACCCUCACCAGUGUAGGAAAGAGGCGAGCCCGCUUUGCGAAACGUAAAUGUAUAAAGCACGAUCGAGGCAUUUUCUGGCAUAGGAAAAUUGAGUCACUGGAUUUUAGAUAAAGGUUACUGUCAUGGGAAUUCUUGGAAUUCUUUCUUACAACCUAAGCAAAUAUUUGUAAACUUGCGCUAUAGGGUACCUGCUCCCCUAACCCAACGUUAACAAGAACUUCUCACUUAGGUCAAAAUGUUGAGUUAAGGGAGGAGUGGGUGGGCAUUUUUCAUUUGCGCAGAUCAGUAUAAAAUUCAAGGACUCUUGCCCACCUACCCCUCCCCUAAUUCAACGUUAAUACUAAUGUCUCACUUAGGGUUUAUAGAUUUAAUUAUAGAACCUGAGGAAGUAAGGCUAACUUCAAUCCUUUUCUUGGUCAUCAUUGGGUAAAUCCAUCCUUAAAUUGUUUCAUUCUUAAGUAUUUAUGAAGCAAUUCAUUACAAAGUUGAACUUUUUACAUAUCUUCAUUGUUGCAAGUACAACUUUAUUCUUUAUUUUUUUCUGUCUACUUGGGUCAUUGGUCUUGAUAAAACAAGAGAUUCUCGCAUCAGUCGUACAGAAUUAGUCAGUAUGGAAAAUAGCCACCUUUAUGAGUUAUUAUGACCAUCGCCAGUGCGUGAUCUUUCACGAGUCUUUGGUCCAGAAUAAACUUGAGUAAAGUUGUAGGUCUGUUUUUUACUGACUUUUACACUUUGUCCAUUCAGUGAAGGAGAUUUGCAUUUUAGUCAAGACAAUUAUCCCUAAGAUUUUCUUGCCGGACAAGACUUCUUUGUAAAUAUUUUUACUUAACUAUUGAAACUACAGGUAAUGGUUUUUAACAAAUCCAAGAACCUUUUCACGUAUAUUUAUUUUUAACCUAGUUAGUGCCAUCUAAAAAGUGAUACCGUAGCUUCAUUUAUCUUUUACAUUCUUUGUGAACAUUCAUGCACGGUUGGUUACACAUGCGCUGCUACGACGUUUGUAAUGUACUUAU